GGGCGUGCUCUCUCAGCAGAUAUUCUCAGCUUUGGGGGAAUCGUAUUCGGCUCAUUUACAGGGUGGGCUCUAGUCGCUGCAGACUAUAAUUGCCGACUGCCGGCUGAUACGCCACCCAUGCGUGUAUUCCUGCUUACAUUCUUCGGCUUGUUCAUCCCUAUCUGCUUUGUCCAGAUCCUUGGCGCAGCCCUUAUGACAAUCACAGAUCCGGCAUACAUCUUGGCAUACGCAGACGGUUCGACAGGUGGCCUAAUCGCGCAAGUUCUCUCCCCUUGGGGUCACUUUGGCCAAUUCGUCCUGGUCCUUCUCGCACUUUCUGUCGUCGCCAAUAAUAUCCCAAAUACCUACUCCACUGGCCUGUCAAUACAAGCCCUCGGACACCCAUUCGCCAUCAUCCCGCGCUUCUUCUGGGUUUUCAUCGCUUUCAUCGCAUAUACUGUAGCAGGCGUCAUAGGCCGCGAACACUUCAACGCCAUCCUUUCUAAUUUCCUGAGUAUUCUCAGUUACUGGACGGCUUUCUUCAUCGUGAUCGUAGCCGAAGAGCACUUCAUCUUCAGACGGAAGAACGGACCACUUGGAGGUUACAAUUUGGAUGAUUACGAUACGCCGUCAAAGUGAAUCUACUGGUUUUGGGUGAAGAUGUCAUUGACUC